CGAGUAUCGGCAAGAUGACGUCAGUGACACUCGUGUGUGCAGGACUACUUGUCUUUGUCCUCGGUGUCAGUGCACAAAGCUACACCCUGGAGAUGACAGUGUUUGUUGAGAAUGGCCUAACCCUCAACGAGAUGUCCAAAACUCCGUCAACCACAUACGGCAACUUGAGACAACAGGCACAAGACAGUUUGGUCAAGGACAUUCUUUACAUGGGUUCAGAGGUCAACAAGGCCUUGGCCACCAUGAGCCAAUACGGUCUCAACAUUGAUCUCCGCCUAAAACAAGUGGUUUUUCUGAACAUCGAUGUUAUGACCACAUACAUGGACGGAACCACCAACGUCAUCGACAGCGCCCUGGGCAAGCUUUUGUUCCAGAAUUUUCUGACACAGCAAAACGCCUACGCUACCUACGGCUACGACUACGCCCUGCUCUUGACCAAGUAA